AUGAGGCUCCUGAACACCACCACCCUGGAGCUGAAGACAUUUACAAGGCGAUGCCCUGAAGAAUACGCAAUCCUGUCACACACGUGGGGCGAAGAAGAGGCACCUCUGGAAGCGUUCCUCCCCAAGCCCAGGUGGCAGCGUGCCGCGGCCCGGUGGAGGAAGCGCAGGCAUCCAAAGAUAGUGGGAUCCUGCCGCCUCGCCAAGUCCCAGGGCUACGACUGGAUAUGGAUUGACACCUGCUGCAUCGACAAGUCCUCGUCGACCGAGCUUUCCGAGGCCAUCAACAGCAUGUAUGGCUACUACGAGAAGUCCGCCGUCUGCUUCGCGUAUCUCGUCGACGUGGAGGCCGACUUUUCCUCGCCAAGGGUGGACGUGGGGAUAGCACUGGCCGAGUCGCGCUGGUUCACGAGGGGUUGGACGCUGCAGGAACUAAUUGCGCCGUCGAGCGUGGAGUUCUACAACAGGGACUGGGUCUACAUCGGUAGCAAGACGUCCCUCUCCUCGGCCCUCGAGAAGAUCACGUCUAUUCCCGCCGGCCUCUUCUCACCAGCAUGGUGCAACCUCUGCGCAGGCGGGAUGGCGCGCCAGUCCCUGCACCUCCUGUCCGUGGCACAGAAGCUGUCGUGGGCGUCGACGCGCCAGACGACCCGCGCCGAGGACCUCGCCUACUGCCUGAUGGGCCUGUUCGACGUGCACAUGCCCCCCCUCUACGGCGAGGGCGAGUCAAAGGCCUUCGCCCGGCUCCAGGCCGAGAUCGCGAGGCAGACCAACGACCAGAGCCUGUUCGCGUGGGGCGGGUGGUACGACCAGGAGGGCUGCGACAGCACGGUGCUCUGCUACUCGCUCUACGCGCCGCACCCGAGCCUCUUCGCCGGGCUGGGCGACAUCCGCACGUCCUACAGCCGGCUCGUCAGCAUCCUCGACCACUGGGCGCCGCCGUUCGAGACGCCCAACGACGGGUACCUGCGCAUAAAGAUGCGGGUGUGUCCUAAUGACGACCAGGGGAUCAUGGGGUUUAUGGAUGAUGAUCACAUCGCAUUCCUGGAGUGCGAGAUGCACGGGACGACGGACACUGUGGUGGGGCUCUUUGUUAAGAGGCUUGAGGAUGUUAACGGGGUGAAGAGGUUCAUCAGGGUACGCCGCCUACUUGGCAGGUUUCCGAAGGCCAACGCUCUGAAGUGCGAGAUGGAGGACAUCUUGCUGGGUGCACUGCCGCGUCAUAUUCCGCGGUUUAAUUUCCUGGGCACGGCCUAA